CCGACGGUCUCCAAUGGAAAUGCGGCAAAUCACUGCAGUCUAAAUACUACACCCAUCAGGCACUAUCCUUGAUAUAUUACAACAACUCUUUUCUGCAUAAGACCUUAGUGUUUCUGGUGAAGUAGUUGUGCCUACCCGACCCUCCGCGUCUUCCGUAACGUUGGAAGAGCGAUUAGUGGUCACCAUAGUGCUCAACAUGGGCAUCGAACCUGUGUGUCCGUGUUAAUGUAGGUCAACAUGGGCAUCGAACCUGUGUGCAUGUGUGAGCAGGUCAGCAUGGGUCGGAACAGAGCAGAACCUCCAGGCCUGAGGUGUUCAUGACCCAUAGGGUCAUUGUGUGUACGAGAAGGGCAGGGUUACCAUAACGACGAGCGACGCCUUAAAGGAUUAACCCGCUUUGGGUUCAGCUCCCUGCAGCCUUCAGCAUGGCUUUCAAGCCGAAAAGCAGAUUACUGCGUGGGUCGUUUGAAGACAAACUUUCAGAUACAGACUACAGUGAACAGGGUAAACCGAAGCGUGCGGCUGCACUAAACAGGUCCUCGAAGAGCGAUGACUUCUUCCAGAAGCUGGCGGAGGAGGCUGAGCGGGAGGCCGGGGUGGAGGAUUCUGAUGUUUCGGAGGCCGACCCUACAGACAUACUGAAGAACCUGAAGGAUAUGGACGACAUGGAGGCCGAUCUGUUUGGGGCCAAGAAGCCUGGCUCCGCCCCGCCUCAGGCCAAGAGGUCCAGUCCCCCCGGGGCCAGAGCUGAGAGCACCGCGAGAGCAGGAGGAGCAGGAUCCACCUCGGAGCCGAAGAAGCCAAGCUCCGCCCCUUCCGCCUCCAGCUCGCAGGGAUACAGGAAGUUCGACUUCUCCGAUCUAGAUGACCCCCUGAUUGAUCUUCUAGAUGAGCUGGAUCUAGAAGAAACUAAGUCGGAGCCCAGCAAGGUUCCCCCAAAGAAACCAGUACCGUCCCCCACUGGGACCCCGGUCCUGAAGACCAAGGAACCAGCUAAGGUCGUUAAGAAAGGGGAGGAGCUGACCUUUGACGAUGAUGAAGAUGAUCUCAUUGACGCUCUGGGAUUCGACAACGACAAAGAGAUCCCGAAAAAGAAGGAGGCUUCGCCCCUAAAGCCGAGCAGUGACCCCCCCCAGAGGGCUCGCACCCGGCUGGACGAGAUCCUGGGGAGGGGCACGCCCCCCCGUCUCCUGGAGCGCCCACCAACCGGGGAGCGGAAGGAGGUGGCGCCGCAGCCAAUGAGCAGGCAGGACCGGGACAAGCCCGGCAGCGCUAAAGAGCCGCUGCUGGAGGACGACCUCGGGUUCGGCUCGUACCAGCCCACGCUAGGCUCCGCCCCCGAGGGUCGCCAGUCCCGCAGGCAGUCUGUCAGGUUCUCCACGGAGGACAUCAGCAGCUCCACCCUGGAGAGAAAGGCCAAGCCCAGUGCCAAGCCCACCACCCCAAACCCCGCCCCCACCACCACAAACCCCCUCACCAGUCCGUCCAGGGCGCGCUCCUCCUCCGAUUGGCUCGGCCUGAAGCCCAGCGACGAGCUGACCUUCCUGGACGACGACGAGCCCGUCGUCACGGACACCACCAGGGACCCCACCUCCCCAGCCGCGGGGAGAAGGAACUCUCCCGCCUCGACCAAUGAGAAGGACGGCACAGCGAUGCCCAGAGACCCUGCCCCCAGCCCCGCCCACUUUCCUACCAAAGGGCCCAAGACAGAGGAGGGGAGGAGCCAGAAGGGGAGGGUGGAGGAGGUAGAACAGGAAGAGGAGGAGCAGGAAGAAGAGAAGCAGAAGAAGAAUGAGGAGGAGGAGGACUGGCUAUCGGGAGCUCUGAGCAGGAGGAAGGCUCUGGGGGCCUCCCAGCCAGAGAGGAGGAGGUCCAGGCAGGAGGAGUCGCUGGGCCUGGGAGGAGGAGAGGAGGUCGUCAGCUCCACCGUCGGGAAACCGGCCCCCUCCCCCGCACCCUCCGUGAGGAGACAGGAGACAGAGGAGAACUCAUCAAGCCUUCUGACCGGCCGGAUGCCCAGCCCUGGGGUGCAUUCCAAAGCAGUCAGGGAUGUAGCGCCAACACAAGGAACCCAACCAACCCCCUCACCAGCUCCUGCUCUGCAGCCACAGAUGACCCUGUCCCCAGAGAGUCUGCAGCAGCUUCUCCUACAACAGCAGCAGCUCAUGCAAUCCCAGUUCUUGGGCCUAGGGGGCGCCCUGGACUACGGCUGUCUGGUCAAACCAGACCGGGCGGAGCCGCAUCUGGGCGACCGCCAGGCGCUGCAGGCCCGCAUUGCCCACCUUGAGGGACAGGUGAGGGGUCUCCUGCUGGAGAGGGACCAGACCCAGAUGUUGAUGGAGAACGUCCGUCUGAGACACCAGCAGGACAUGGAGCAGCUGGAGACCGCCCACAGGGCGCGGGUGCAGCUGCUGGAGGCCUCGUGGUCGCAGCGGGAGGCGCGGGCGCGGCAGGAGAGCAAGGACCUGGCGGAGAGCCUGGCGGCGGCGGGGCGCACUGCGGAGCAGCAGAGGGCCGAGCUGGCGGCCGCGCACCAGAGGAGGCUGGCCCAGAGCCAGCAGGACCGGGACCGCGAGGUCCAGAGGCUCCGGGACCUCCAGAGGCAGUCCAUCCUAGAGGUGAAGCAGGACCACGAGGAGCAGCUCCUCCGGCUCAAGCGGCUGAAGGAGGAGGAGAUCGAGGCGGUGACCAGCGCCACGUCCCAGACGCGCUCGCUGACGGGCGUCAUGGAGCAGAUGGAGGGCUUCUCCUCCCGCCUGGGAGAGCUGUCCUGCCGCGUAGAGAGCACCCACGAGCACACGGCCCAGGGCCUGGAGCAGGGCGCCAGGCAACGGGAGGAGCAGCUCCGAGUCAUGCAGGAGCGGCUGGGCCAGCAGCAGAGGGCCAUGGCAGAGGAGCGGGCCCGUCUGAAGGAGGUGAUCACCAGGAUGGAGGUCCAGCUGGGGGAGCAGCAAAGGCAGCUGGAGAAGGAGCGCUGGCGGGUGACGGCGGAGCAGGCCAAGGCGGAGUCGUCCCAGAGGAGCCUGGAGGAGGAGCGGCGCGCCCUGAACCAGCACACCUCCAUGGAGAGGGAGGAGCUGGAGAGGGCCAAGAACGCGCUCCUGGAGGAGCAGCAGGCGGUGAUGACGCGCUGCGGCGAGGAGCGGAGGAAGAUGGCGGCCGAGUGGGCCCAGCUGCACGCCGCCGAGAAGACGAGGCAGGAGCAGGAGGAGCGGCGGGCCGGCCGGCACCUGGAGAGAGACGCCCACGCCCACUCCAACAUCAUCAGCAUUGCCCAGGAGCAGGCGGAGGUGAAGCUGCGCUCCGGUGAGCUCCAGCAGCGGGAGGGGGCCCUGGCCCGGGAGAGGGAGGCCCUGGAGCGGCAGCUGGAAGAGGCGCAGCGGGAGAAGGAGCGGCUCAGCGCCACAGCCCUCAAGCUGCAGGCCCGGGCGCAGGAGGUGGAGGCCUUCAGCAAGCUGGCCACAGAGAAGUUCGAGGAGGGCGAGCGAGCACUGCAGACAGCGCGCGGCGUAGAGAGCGAGCACCAGGCCAGGCUGAGGAGCAUCCACUCCCAGAUAGAGCGGCUGAGGCAGCAGGAGGAGCAGCUGCUGCAGGAGAAAGUGAGGAUGACGGACCUGAGGACCGGAGAGGAGCGGUUCAGACAGAGCUACAGGCCCCUGGCCUCCCACCCCAACACGGGCCCUCCUGGACACGCAGAUUUUAGUGCCAUGUGGCCAAGCCCAGCGACCCCAGAGCUGGUGGUGGUCCCAGCCAGCCCUGACCUAAUGGUCCCAGCCAGCCCUCAGCCCAGCCGCUACGGCCUCCAGGCUAGCCUGGCCCUGCUCAGGCACACGGCAGAGAAGGACCGAGACUUCCUGCAGGACGAGCAGUUCUUCCUGGAGACACUGAAGAAAGGAGCUCUGCAGUCCCUCUUCCACACGCAAUGAAACACCUGACAAUAAACUAUUUUGGGAUACAAGUCUCUAGUCUAUGGAAGCCCGUUUCCGCCACGUAAAAGAAAAAAAAUGCAGGUCACAUCUCAUUAUUUUGAGAUAGUAUCUCAUUAUGAGAUACUAUCAUUAUUUUGAGAUAACUUCUCAACAGGACCAGACCAGUCAUGGUAGCCUAAUUGUAGCUUAUCCAUAGGUGCUACAUAUAGCCUAUUAUUACAGUAGAUUAGCUGGAGAUGAUGAACUCGAUUAAAGAUUAUUAAAGACGGAGGUAUACAAAUGCUGACAUUUUGGCUCGAUUAUCUAUGGAGCACAACAUAAACAUUAGUAAAAGAACUCUAGAAAGAGUGCUUCAUAGGAAUCAGCUGUGGCGAAGACGCAAUAAGGCGGACAUUGGAGAAGUAGCCGAUUUCAUACAUCGCCAAUUAGUCCUCUGGCCAACAACAUGGCUACUGGUGGAUGCAACAGAAGUGUUGGAUGGCAGGGAUCAUCACGGACAGAGAGACCGUUCGUCUCUUGCUGCGUCAAAUGGAUGGUGGUGGCGUGGAUCUCCGUGCACGGCACCGUCUGAGACGCAGUCUAUGUCAGUCGUGGCCCGAAUUGUGUGGCACAUAGAUGGAUAUGACAAAUUAAAGCAGUAUGGGAUAAGCAGUGGUUGCAUUGAUGGGUUCUCGCGAAAGAUGAUCUGGCUAAACAGUAAACACCCACUCAACUAACAGCGACCCACGUCUUAUAGCGGGGUAUUUCAUUGAUUCAGUGAUGCAGCAUGGUCGCCUAUUGAAAGUGAGAUUGGAUCUCGGGACGGAGAACACACACAUGCCGCAAUGCAAAGUUUUAUGCACGGCAGUGAAAACGGCAUUUCCCCAGACUGUCACUCUAGGUCCAAGCACGGGGAACCAACGUAUUGAACGCUGGUGGUGUACGUUGCGGAGUGAGUGUACUCAGUUCUGGAUGGAUCAUUUCGACCAGUUAAAGGCUGACGGUCUCUAUGACUCCCUGAUGCUGAACAGAAACCAACGAAAACAGCAAUUUAUUUUUCAGUUUUAUUGUUAAGAGCAACACAUUUGUAUUAGCAGGGGCAUUUACAUUCAGGGCAUUUAGCAGAAGCUUUAAUCCAGAGCGGGUCCAACAAUGAUUCUGGUCUUGAAGACAAUAUCUUCCGAGUUGCAUUUGGAAGCCAAUUUAUCCUAAGCGACUUACAACCAUUCAUACACAGCCAGAGCUCGUCGUUAGGGUUACCGACACCUAACACUCAGCUAGGAGGAGCCAGGUUUCAAACUAGUCACAAGUCAACCCGCUCUCUCGUGACUCAGACUUGGAGGUGCAUUGAUUUACAUUUUCAGUCCAAGCAGACCUCAUCUGGCUGGUCGUCGAUUCAGAGCUGCAAGAAUGUGAAAAGGAGAAGUGAAAAAGGUGCCAGUCCCAAACAGUUUGCUUAUUCAUCUUGCAUUGAGCUAAAAGUUAAGUCAAGCCUCAGGUUACCAAUGGUCAACACCGUUGUUCAGACAGGGAUAACUUUUUUCAUCACUGGCUUGAGCGCUUAUACAAAAUGCAUCAAUUUACCUUUCAUGGUAGAAAGGGAACUAGGUGGACCUCCCGCUGCUUCGAGUCACCAGUCCUUCACCGCCUUUUGGAUUACAGAUGCAUUAGAGGUGGUCUCUCGGGUGAUUUCCCGCAGUAUGAAUUUUAUUAUUUCUCAGAAAAGCUUUUCCAAUCGUCAGUUUCGCAUCGGACGGCACUUCCUAUGCAGCGAUAUCAUCCCAGAAACAUGUAGUCCCACAUCAACAAGAGCCCAGUUACGGUCCUUAC